CCCCUCAUUUCCUUUCCCCAAAUCUCCCCUUAUAUACAUAACCCCAAACUCGCCGAUUUCAUCACUACUCCCAAUUUCCCUUUACUUUCCCGGGAAACAAACGCUCCUCUUUUCCUUUCAUAUCGGCAUGGCUCGUACCAAGCAGACCGCACGCAAGUCCACCGGAGGCAAGGCGCCACGUAAGCAGCUGGCCACCAAGGCCGCUAGGAAAUCCGCCCCGGCGACCGGAGGAGUAAAGAAGCCUCACCGUUUCAGGCCAGGAACGGUGGCGUUGAGGGAGAUCAGAAAGUACCAGAAGAGCACUGAACUUCUCAUCAGGAAGCUUCCGUUCCAGAGAUUGGUAAGAGAAAUCGCACAAGACUUCAAGACUGAUUUACGUUUCCAGAGUAGCGCCGUUGCCGCACUUCAAGAAGCUGCCGAAGCAUACCUCGUUGGAUUGUUCGAAGACACUAACCUUUGCGCCAUUCACGCUAAGAGAGUCACCAUUAUGCCUAAGGAUAUUCAACUCGCUCGCAGGAUUAGGGGCGAGAGGGCUUAGAUUAGAAGAUGUAGGUGUUGCUUGAUUAGGGUUAGGAGUCUAACUUUGAAUGUUGGGUCUUUUUUAUUUUUUGGGCAUUGGUUUGAGAUUAAGCCUUAUUCCCUUGUAAACAAUCUUUUUAUCUGUGUCGGCUUAGAAUGUGAAAUAUAAUCUAUUCGCUAUUGUAAGAUAAGCAUUUCUUAUGCUUGCCAACAUAUUUGGAUUCAUUAUUGCAAUUUGAGUAUUUCUUU